AUGGCCUCCAGAAACUUGUUGAACAGGACUAUUGAGGUGCUUAUAAGGAAGUAUGGAGUUCACCAUCAUAUGGCAACACCUUACGAUCUUCAAAUGGAUGGCCAAGCUGAAAUCUCAAAUUGUGAAGUUAAGAGCACUUUGGAAAAGAUAGUGGGACCAGGACGCAAGGAUUGGAGCUUUAGACUAGAUGAUGCUUUGUGGGCAUAUAGGACAGCUUACAAGGCACUUACUGGGACCACUCCCUUCAGGCUUGUCUAUGGAAAGGCAUAUCACAUCCCUGUUGAGAUCGAGCAUAAGGCCUAUUGGACAGUAAAAAAAUGCGAUAUGGAGUUAGACAAGGUCGACGAGUCUAAGUUGUUACAGUUGCAGGAAUUGAAGGAAUUAAGAUUAAAGGCAUAUGAGAGUGCCAUGAUUUAUAAAAAGAAAACAAAACUCGUCCAUGAUUAUUCUCUGAUCAGGAAGGAUUUCCAAGUUAGUUAG